UGUACAUGGGAGAAGUAUGGAACUCUUAUGCGAGGCGAAUUUUUAGAUUUUCGGUGAGUGGCUGUGCAGAAACCGGCUAGGCACGAGCGGAGGGCAAGGAAUGAGGAAAAUAGAGAAAUGAAAAUCAUUCGCGAUGAAGUUUUAUAGAGUGCACUGAAGCCUUUAGCUUGGCGGACUUUGACUCUGUGCCGUUCGAUUAGUGUUCAGAGUCAUGCGAUUUUUUGUGAGGUGAAGAGAAAAAUCGUCAUCUGUUGGUUGUCACUCCUGUCGUCAUUUGUAGGGUGACACUCUGAUCUCAUCGCACCGGUCCAGGACAUGAUUCUCGAAAUCCUCCUCGAACUGAUCUCAAACGCGGUAUACGUCCCGGUCCUGGUGUCGGCGUAUCUGCUGUAUAACUACUGGCGAAACUACGCGUUCUGGUCCAAAUCCGGGCUCCCGUACAUCCCUUUCCCCCGGGACAGCGUCGUCUACCCCGUCCACAAAGCGGUGACCUUCAAGAGGUUCUAUGAUGAGCUGGCGCCGCACCCCGUGGGGGGCUUCUACAAAAUGUCCACCCCGUAUCUAAUGAUCCGGGAUCCGGAGAUCAUCCGGAGGAUCCUGGUCAAGGAUUUCGCACACUUCGCCGAUAGGGGCAUCUAUAUCCACGAGGACCUGGACCCCCUCAACCGGAAUAUCUUCAACCUCGAGGGCGAGAGGUGGAAAGUGAUUCGGCACAAACUAUCGCCGCUGUUCGCUCCCGGGAAAAUAAAAUCGCUCUGGCCAAGAAUGAAACAGUGCGCGGGCGCACUGGAAAAGUAUCUUGACCACACGCUCGAGACUCGGAACGAGUGCGACUUGAAAGAGGUGAUGUCCAGAUUCACCCUGGAUGUGAUUGCCACUUGCAGCUUUGGAUUCAAGAAGUGCGAGGCGCUGGAGAACGACAAGAACGAGCUGAGCCGGGUGGUGAAUUCCGUGAUGCGGGACUCGAACUACUUCGCGAUGCGGAGUUUCCUGCGCUCGACUGGGCUGCCCCUCGUCCGGUGGCUCGGCCUCAAACGGAUCCCCGCUUUCGUCGACGACUUCUUCCUCUGCUUCGUCGACGCCACCCUCAAAUCCCGCGCCGCGGACCCCUCGCCCCACGACGACAUCCUUCAAUACUUGAUCGACCUCCAUCGUGAGGAGCUCGAGGGUUCCAGAACUCACCCUGAGGCAGAGCCUUUGGUAACGGAUACUUUCAUUGCUGCGAUGGGAUUUUUACUGACUGUGAACGCCUCGGAAACGACUUCAGGGACGUUGGCGUACUGUCUGUAUGAGCUGGCGCUGAACCCUGACAUAGCUCAAAAAUGCAGAGAGGAAGUGAAAUCAGUUUUAUCGAGACACGAAGGAGACUUAUCUUUUGACUGUUUAAAGGACAUGUCGUAUCUACAGUGCGUCAUCGACGAAACUCAGCGGAAAUAUCCUGUCUUCGGUUGGUUGGACAGGAUUUGCACGAAAGACUACGAGAUGCCUGGUACACGCUACACCGUUGAAAAAGGCACCAGAGUUCUGAUACCCGUCCACGCCCUGCAUCAUGACCCGCUCCACUUUCCAAAUCCCGACAAGUUCAACCCGGACAGAUUUAGUGCGGAUAACAAACACAACAUCCCACGGGGAAGUUACCUACCCUUCGGCGAUGGGCCGCGCAUGUGUGCAGGAGUUCGGUUUGCGCAAACAGCGAUGAAGACUGCCGUCGCGUUUUUAGUCACAAACUACGAUUUUGAGCCCACGAUCGACACGGACAUACCCUUGACAUUCAAAAGGAGCAUGCUGUUCUCGGUGCCUCAAAAAGGAAUUUGGCUACGCCUAAGGAGGAGAUCCGAAGUUUCAUCAUCGAUCAACAUGAUUCUCGAGCUUCUCCUUCCGACAAUCGCUUACCUAGUGACGGUCCUGUUGUUGUACCUGGUGUACAACUACUGGAGGAACUACACGCACUGGUCCAAGUCGGGACUCCCGUACAUCCCAUUCCCUCGGGACUCAGUAUUUUAUCCCGUCCACAAAGUGGACACUAUCAAGCGGUUCUACGACGAGCUGGCGCCGCACCCCGUCGGCGGCUUUUACAAAAUGUCCAGGCCCUACCUCAUGAUCCGAGACCCCGAAAUCAUCCGGAAAAUCCUCAUCAAGGAUUUCCCUUACUUCGUCAAUCAUGGUAUGCAGAUCUUCCCGGAUUUGGACCCCGUGAACCAGCAUGUCUUUAACAUCGAUGACGAGAGGUGGAAGGGGGUGCGGCAAAAAAUGGCGCCUAUUUUCACUCCGCAGAAACUGAAAAUGAUGUGGCCGCUCAUGCUCGAAUGCAGGGAUGCUCUCGGUAAAUAUCUGGAUCAAGUGAUCGAAACAAGGGACCAGAUAGAGAUAAGAGAAGUCAUGUCCAAGUUUGCGCUGGACGUGAUUGGCACCUGUGGUUUCGGACUCGAGUGCGACGCGAUCCAGAACGAGGACAGCGAGUUCCGGCGUGUGGUGAGCGGCGGGACGGCGACGCAGGACUCGAACCGGCCGGCCGUGCGGAGCUUCCUGCGCUCCACGGGGCUGCCCCUCAUCCGCUUGCUCCGGCUCAAGAGGAUCCCGGAGACGGUGGACGACUUCUUCCUCGGCCUCGUCCGCGGCGCCGCCGCCGCCCCCGCCCGCGAGACCGCCAACCGCACCGACAUCGUCCAGCACCUCGUCAACGCCCAGCGGCAGGAGCAGCAGGCUCUCCGAUCUCAAGACAAAGCUGAGCCCCUUAUGACGGAGUCGAUCGUAGCAUCGCAAGCGUUUGUGCUGUUCGUCGCUGGUUUUGACACGACCUCUGGCACGCUGGGCUAUUGCUUAUACGAGCUCUCGUUGCAUCCAGAGAUAAUGGAAAAAUGCAGGAACGAGGUCAAGUCUGUUUUAGAAAAGAACGGAGGGACCAUUUCCUACGACUGUCUCAAAGAUAUGACCUACUUGCAGUGCGUUAUUGACGAAACCCUCCGAAAGUACGCCAUUCUGGGCUGGCUGGACAGACUUUGCGGGGAAGACUAUAAAAUAGAAACGUCUAGUUUGUCAUAUACGAUUAAAAAGGGGACCAGGUGCUUGAUCCCCGCCCAUGCACUGCACCGAGACCCGAAAUAUUUCCCUGAUCCGGAGAGAUUCGACCCGGACAGAUUUAACGAGGAGAACAAACACAAAAUCGUGCCCGGAACGUAUCUACCUUUCGGCGACGGACCUCGGAUCUGUAUGGGGAUGCGAUUCGCUCACAUGGAAAUGAAGACUGCGCUUGCUUUCUUGAUUACGAGAUACGACUUCGAGCCGACCGAAAGGACGACUGUUCCUCUGAAGUUCUACAGGAAAUCUUGGUUGUCCAUGCCUGAAAGCGGAAUUUGGCUCAGGUUGAAAAGGAGGCCUGCUGCUUAGACGAAAUGCACCAAUCAGAGCUUCGUGUUGCAUUUCCUAAAUCGUCGCUCCUAAUCUAAAGAACGUCUCAAUUUUUCUUCGAAAAAAAUAGGGGCUGAGGAAAAUAUCGAGAGAAACAAUGCCGCACCGGAUGAGGCGUGAAUGAUCGAUUAUUGAUAUUUUCCCAUUUGAAGCCAUGGUAAAGAAUCGAUUUUCAUGGUGUUCGUUGCGAACUUCAUGUUUGUUGAUCUUUUUCCAUAGUAAGUUUAAAUGGCAGAUCAAUCAAUGAUUCGCAAAACACACCACGCCACUGCGUAUGAGUAAGCAGGCGUUAGGGAAUUCCCUCCGAUAUCAUACGAAUCCUCUGGAAAGUUUUGGAAAAUUUCUUGUUGAAAAUUCGAACGUUACAAUUUUGGAUUCGAAAAAAAAAAAUUAGGUCUGAGGAAAAAUGUCAAAAGAAACACUGUCGCGCUAAGGAUGAAACCCGUAAUUAGCAGGCGUCGCCACAUUUUCCUUAGACUCAAAAAACAAUUUUUUAAGAAUCCUCUGUCUAUAGAUGGCUGUAGAUUCCUAUCAAAAUAAUACAAAGGAAUAGAAGCCACAAAACUCAAAGAAAGAAAGAAAAAAAAAAAAAAAAAAAAAAAAAUUUAGGAACACACCCUUUCGAAAAUUUUGAACUUUUCAAUUUUCACUUUAAAAAAUAUAAAGUCUGAGGGAAAAUAUCGAGAGGAACGUUGCCAAGCGGAGGAUAAAAUAAGAAUAUUUCGAAACAUCUCUCAUUGAAAAUUAUGUACGUCUCAAUUUUUGCUUUGAAAAGGUAGGGCCCGGGAAAAUGUAUAUAUCGGGAGGAACGCUGCUAGUGCCGUUACUUGAAAGUUGCCAACACUGUUUUCCCUCCAUUUAAUUCCAUUAAAAAUACUGAUUUUAGAUGAGGCUCAUCUAGAAUCGAUUGUUCUACAUACAUUUAAAUGGAAGAAAACAGUGCUGCCAACUUUCAAAAAUCGCAUUUGGCUAAGGUUGAAAGUCGUGCGAACAGUUUGGCGUUGCAUGAUAAUGUGCCGAUAUAUUGACAUUUUUAGAAUAUUUCUCCUUGGAAAUUGAAUAGUAUUUGUUGAUAAGCUAUAAUCAAGAAGUUCUGAAAAUUUUAAGGAAGAAUAAUAGCAACUAUCUCCUGAAAUGACUGUUUUAUUGGAGCAAAUUUGGCAACACUGUCGUGCUGAAAAGUUGCGAAGCAAGAGUGUGCCAGUGUUGCCACACCUCCACCCUCAAAAAAUAUAUUUAAAAAAAUUAUGAGAGUAAAAUUCGCGAUACACUUUCCGCAAAA